CCCCCGGGUAUCGCUGCCCCCACCUGGGGGAGAGAGGCGGGCGCCGCGCUGUCCUCCCUCUGCGCCCCCGCCGCGUGGCUUGCGGCUUAUUUUCCCAGCUGGCAAGCGUCGCGCUGCAGACAAGGGAAUGCCUGUGGUCCUGCGUGCUCCAGAGCUCGGGGGAUCCCUGAUCCCGUCAAGCCCCCUCCAGGAUCGGAAGGGUUAAGAAUGAUGAGGAAGAAGAGGAAGCGAGGCGCGUCCCCCGGUCCAUGCCGCAGCCACGGCCACGACCCCGAUACGGCGCCCGCGCCGCCGCCCUCGCCAGAGCCCACGAGACCUGCAUGGACGGGCAUGGGCUUGAGAGCAGCACCUUCCUGCGCCGCUGCCGCCGCCUCCGCUGCUGCCGCCGGGGCUGAGCAGCGCCGCCGCCCCCAGCUCUGCCCGCCGCCCCUGGCGUCGCUGCUGCUGCUCAGCCUCGGGCUGCUCCACGCAGGUGACUGCCAACAGCCAGCCCAAUGUCGAAUCCAGAAAUGUACCACGGACUUCGUGUCCCUGACUUCACACCUGAACUCUGCCGACUUUUUCUUUUGCCUGAACAGUGACCCCUUUCACUGGGGAGGCAGGAGCCGCCGCGCUGGCCCUUCAGCUCCGGCCAGAGGGGGGCACCAUCUGCGUCCCUGCCAGGCUGCUUAUAUUUAUAUGUGUUCCUGCCCUCAGAUAACCAUCAUCUUCAAAGCUCACCGGGAGUGUACAGAUCAGAAAGUGUACCAAGCGGUGACCGAUGACCUGCCGGCCGCCUUUGUGGAUGGCAGCACCAGCGGCGGGGAUGGCGACACCAAGAGCCUGCUCGUCGUGGAGAGGGAGAGCGGCCGCUACGUGGAGAUGCACGCCCGCUACAUCGGGACCACGGUCUUCGUGCGGCAGCUGGGGCGCUACCUGACGCUGGCCAUCCGCAUGCCCGAGGACCUGGCCAUGUCCUACGAGGAGAGCCAGGACCUGCAGCUGUGCGUCAAUGGCUGCCCCCUGAGCGAGCGCAUCGACGACGGACAGGGCCAGGUGUCUGCCAUCCUGGGGCACCACGUGCCUCGCACCUCGCUGGCGCCGGCCUGGCCGGGCUACACCCUGGAGGCUGCCAGUGCUCAAUGCCACGAGAAGAUGCCAGUGAAGGACAUCUACUUCCAGUCCUGUGUCUUUGACCUGCUCACCACUGGUGACGCCAACUUCACCGCCGCGGCCCACAGUGCCUUGGCGGACGUGGAGGCGCUGCACCCGCGGAAGGAGCGCUGGCACAUCUUCCCGAGCGGCAGCCGGGGCUCGGCCCGUGCAGGCAGCCCCUGGGCUGUCAGUCUCGGACUCCCGUGCUUGAUCUUUGUUGUGUUUUUGUAGGGGUCGUCUUCUGUUUUUUAUUUUUUGUCUAUAACAGAAUUUUAAAAUAUAUAUUGUCAUAAUAUAUUGAGUACAAGAGUAUAUAUGUAUAUACCAUGUAUAUGACAGGCUGUUUGUCCUGGGGCACCCACCAGAUUGUACAUACUGUGUUUGACUGUUUUCAUGUGUGUUGGAUGUAGUGUUCUUUGAUUGUAUUGAUUUUGUUUUGCAGUUUUGUGAAAUGUUUUAUAAUGUCCCUGCCUGGGGACCUGUUAGAAAGCACUUUAUUUUUUAUAUAUUAAAUAUUUAUGUGUGUACCUGGUUAGUAUGUAUAGUACAUAUACACAGACACCAUAUGCAGCGUUCCCGUCGAAGAUGACCAGUGACGGUGUUUGUAGCUGUUCCUGGCCGUUCGAUCCUGCCUUUUCCCUUGACUACUGACCUGCCACCGUGGGUGUGCAGCUUUCACUCGCCGCCUUCUGGGGGGAGCUAUGUCCUUCCUGUGAGCUGGGGGGCAUCUUUUGCCUCCCCCUGCCCUCACUGGAUGUGGAUGGAUGGCUAAUUCCCCGACAGACACUUCGGCUCUUGUGAAACACACAUCUCGAAGGAACCCUCACCCUCUGUCACAGCUGUCACUUUUUCAAAGGGCAGAGAGAAUAUUACUACGGUUUUAUGAACUAGGAUCAUUUUAUCUGAGCACUUACCGUAUGUGGGGUUGAGCCAGACAAAACUGUUUCGAUAGGUCAGAAGGGUCUAGAGAUAGAUAGAUAGCAAUUUCAUGGAUAAAUACCAGGCAUUUUACUAGACCCCAGGAGCUCUCAGACUUUUCCUCAUCCCCUGUCCCUGUCGAAACUGUCACACCUUGCUCUUCUAAUUUGCGCGAGCCCAAGUUCUUAACCUCUGGGUCCUUGGCUGCUUGUGUUCAGAAACACACCGUUCCCUGUCUCCCCCCAACCCCCACAGAGAGCCCUCCUCAGUCUCACCUUACGAACCCAGAGAUUGGGGUUGGUUGGAUUCUUGCUUCAUAUCAAGGCCCAGCUCCCAUCACAAGGUUUGCCACUCUUCCUUGCCCUCCACACCGUGGUCUUCAUCAGCCGCUGCUCUAUCUGUAGGCAUGGGAGUGAACAGGGUGUUUCCUGGCCUGACCCAGUAUGCGACUGCGUGCUGGUCCCAGACAUUCUCACUAAGCAAUGUUGCUCCCCAGGCGGUCUUUUUCAUCAGGUACUCUCCCUCUCAACAUCUGUAGUGAAUAUUAUUUAGUCAGUUGCUCAUGUAACUUGAUAAAAUUCCUGUAAAGUAUCCCCUUGCCUCUUCCCUUUCACUGUUGGCAUCCCCUUGCAAAAGGAAAGCACCACCAACAAAUUCAAGAACCAUGAGGAAGGGAGUUCUAGGGUAGGUAAAUUUCUCUUGGGUCUAUAUAAAGGUUUGGUACCAAGGAGGUAAGGUACAAAUUGUCACCUUUCUAAGUGCAAGGAAAAGUUAACGAACUUUAAAUACCACAGCACUUUGGAUUCAGACUGUGCUCAGUUUUAGAUGGCCGGGUAAUUUCUGCCUUUUGCCAUGUCCUGUUGAUCAGGCUCACUGCCGGAGGCCCCAGCUGUCAGGAAAAGAGGAUUUCGUUUUGGGGAACUUCUGUUUCUUAGUGAACUGAGCUAUCAUCCGAUCACGAGAGAGAGCUGUGGGUUCGUCUAUAGGCGGCAACCCUCCUCUCAUUUUCUGGUAUACGGCAGAAUCAUCUGGGCAAGUCAGGGAAAAUCGCAAAAAAAGCAUCCUGCUUCUUACUUGAUAAAGCUGCAACACCAGAGAAUUGAAACCUAAACCGGUUAACCUUUUAUAAAAACUGGACUGGGGCCUACCUGCCAUCAGCUCUGAACUGGGGCUGUUUCUGUUCACCUAUGGAACCAUGUGCCAGGUUCAGAAGCAAGAGUUAGCUAGUAACUUUGUUAUGUAAUUGAGUAGAACAAAGGAGGAAAAAUAGAGUACUUAUAACCACUAUUCUUGUGCAAACAGUGUAAGAGUGAAGUAAAAGUGGUAGAAAUUUCUACAGUAUCUGGCUUUAGAGUGUAUACGGUUAAUAGAACCUUUGUCCUUUUCAGGGAAAGCAAAACCACCACCUGGACUCAUAGCGGGGGAAAGACACUGAGACUGGGAAGGCCGCUUCAAGUAAGCAUUCUCUAUCACUAGUAUCCGUACCGGUGUAUUUGUUGUCCCCUUAAAAUCAGUGUCCCUGUACAACGUUUACAGUCCCCACAGACAACUGACAAAUACAGAUGCUUCUCUAGAGAAGGACCAGGUUAAAUUUCCAUUUCUUUUCCAGGACUUCUAGAGAAAAUAGUACUUGUAUGUUUUGGUUCUUUAAAUCCUCCUUAGCCCAUAGAAUUUCAGGUUAUACCAACACGUGGCUAGGCUGUAGCUAUUCAAAGGUCUCCUGGGGGAGCUUAAAACUUGGGGGAAAACACUGGUUUUCACAGAUGCUCCACAUGGCUGUCUUUAAAAGACUCAAAACAUUUUUUUGUACUUUUCUUCUCUGUUAUGCUUGGAAAUUCCCAGUGUGUCGAGUCUUUGCAAAGAAACCUUUAGAUGUGGUUCAUAGGUAUAUGCAUAAGUAUCUGUGUAAAACAGUGAGUGUGCAGUAUGUAAAUACUUUAAAUUAUUAUGCUAGAAAAAUAAAGUUACAUACCAUGCUGUGGAA